UGGGCGGACCGCUGGCUGAUGAAAUCCGGCUCAGUCUUACAGAAGAAGUAGCCGAGUGGGUUGUGAUUGGCUUCCGCGUUUUGCUUUCCUUUCUCUUGAGCUCGGCCAAACAGCAGGCGGUUCACCUGUCGAGCCUGCUAGUGAUUGAUCUUUUUUCGCUUGUGAAAGCGUCUUUUCCCGGUGCAAAACCCGAGCUGAAGUUGAAAGGAAGGUUGCAAAAGGGGAUCACAUGUCCCUGGGAGACUGCAACCGUCAUAAAUAUGAAUCAGUUGCCAAGCAUCUGAAUUCUGAUCACCUGACCACAGGGAUGCUGCAAUAAUCUAGCCUUUAUUCAUCAUCAUCACCAUGUGUGGUAUAUGGGCCCUUUUCGGAAGUGAUGGAUGCCUCUCUGCCCAGUGUCUUUCUGCUAUGAAAAUCGCCCACCGAGGUCCAGAUGCUUUCCGGUUUGAAAAUGUCAAUGGCUUUACCAACUGUUGCUUUGGCUUCCAUCGGCUAGCAAUUGUUGAUCAAUUAUACGGAAUGCAGCCUUUAAGGGUGAAAAAAUUUCCCUACUUGUGGCUAUGUUACAAUGGAGAGAUCUACAACUUCAGACGGCUACAGAAACAGUUUGGAUUUGAGUACCAGACCUUAGUAGAUGGAGAGGUAAUUCUUCAUCUUUAUGACAAAGGAGGAAUAGAGGAAACUGCCUCCAUGCUCGAUGGUGUAUUUGCAUUCAUUUUGCUUGACAGUGCAAAUAGAAAGGUGUUUCUGGGAAGAGAUACAUAUGGAGUUAGACCAUUGUUUAGAGUCCUAACUGAUGAUGGUUUCCUGGGUGUUUGCUCUGAAGCAAAAGGUCUGAUCAACUUGAAGCACAAUAUGUCCAGUGCUCUCAAAGUGGAGCCUUUUCUUCCUGGACAUUAUGAAGUCUUGGACUUAAAGCUAAGUGGAAAAGUUGCAUCAGUGGAAGUGAUCAAAUUUCACAGCCCUAAAGAGGAACCUUUGCAUGCUGCCUACAGUACAAUACAGAAUUUGCCUUCAGGUGUUGAUGUUGAAACUGUGAAAAGCAACAUUCGACUUUUGUUUGAAAAUGCUGUUAGAAAACGUUUGAUGUCUCACCGAAGAAUUGGUUGUCUCUUAUCAGGUGGCUUGGAUUCUAGUUUGGUGGCUGCCAUACUUAUCAAACUUACGAAAGAGCAAAAAUUUUCCUAUCCCUUGCAAACAUUUUCUAUUGGGAUGGAAGAUAGUCCUGACUUACUGGCUGCAAGAAAGGUAGCAGCUCACAUUGGAAGUGAGCAUCAUGAGGUUAUGUUUAGUUCUCAAGAAGGGAUUCAGUCACUAGAAGAAGUAAUACUUUCCUUGGAAACAUAUGACAUCACAACAGUACGAGCGUCAGUGGCCAUGUAUCUGGUCUCCAAAUACAUCCGAAAGAAAACAGAUAGUGUGGUCAUUUUCUCAGGAGAAGGAUCAGAUGAGUUGACCCAAGGAUAUAUCUAUUUUCAUAAGGCACCGACAGCUGAAGAAGCUGCUGAGGAAAGUGAGAGACUUCUCAGAGAGCUCUACCUGUUUGACGUUCUCCGUGCUGAUAGGACAACUGCUGCCCAUGGUCUUGAACUAAGAGUUCCAUUUUUGGAUCACCAGUUUACUGCUUACUACCUUUCUUUGCCAGCAGAACUCAGAAUUCCAAAGAAUGGGAUUGAAAAGCACCUCUUAAGGGAAGCCUUUGAAGAGUCUAACUUAUUGCCUAAAGAAAUACUUUGGAGACCCAAGGAAGCUUUCAGUGAUGGCUUAGCUUCUAUCAAAAAAUCUUGGUUCUCUAUGCUACAAGACUAUAUUGAGCUUCAGGUUGAUGAUCUUUUGUUGGAGAAAGCUGAAGAGAAAUUUCCAUUCAAUCCUCCCAAAACAAAAGAAGGAUACUUUUACCGUCAGAUCUUUGAGAAGCACUACCCAGGCUAUUCCAUUUGGCUCCCGCACUAUUGGAUGCCAAGGUGGAUCAGAGCUACUGAUCCAUCUGCUCGCACAUUGAAGCAUUACAAAUCCGCUACAAAAGAAUAGUUUUAUUAUGUAUUGGAGGAAUAAUUUCUCCAAAGAGCUUACUAAACAAGAUGAAUCUUGUUGGCCUAAAGGAACUUAGAAGCAAUGUAUGGUUUUUUUUCCUUCAAAAAAAAAAAAAAGUAAUGAAUACAAUAGUUUAUUUAGAUAAAAUAGAAUGUUAUUUAUGAUUCCAACCAUGCCAGUAACAAUAACGUCUCUUAGCCUUAAACUGCACUAUGCAACAACAGAUAUACUCCAGAAUCAAGUUUGGUAAAAUGAAAGCUAGGACUGUAAGUCUUUAUUCAGAUAGUUUAAUUUACUCUGAUGUCAAAUGAUAUUUAAGCAACCUAAGCAUACAGAGAAUUAAAAGUAGUUUAAGUGCACUUUUUCUGCAAUUAAUGAGUUGUAGGUUUUUUUUAAGUAGUAUGUUUGUAGACUUAUAAAUAAAAUAAAAACUAAUCUUCUGAGUUCAAAUGGUAAAUACUAGUUAUUUUACUGUGGGAAAGGAUAAUUAACUCUAGUUUUUGUAAAUUUAAGUCUCCCAGGCAGGGGUGAAAUCUAAAUUUUUUUGCUACCGGUUCUGUGGGCAUGGCUUAGUGGGCGUGGUUUGGGGGGGUCAUGUGACUGGGUGGGUGUGUCUAUGUGACUGGGGAAUCAAAAGACAGAAACUAACUAGCAAUGUCCUGCUGGAGCAGGAUUGGUUAGAUGACCUCCAGGUCCCUUUCAGCCCUGGAUUAUCCUCUGAAGCUGCAUCUAGUGCCAGGUUUGUACUCUUUCCUUCCUCUCCUUCCUUCCUUCUUUCCUUCCCUGCCUCCUUCCUUUCUUUCUCUCUCUCUCUCUUAAAAAUGAACCCCCCCACACCCUGUUUUUCCUCCCAUCAGGCUUGCUAGGCAAACAAAAAAAAAGGUUUUUUUUCCAUUUUUCCUCCCAGCAGGCUUGCUUGGCAAACCAAAAAACGGGGGGAGGGGAUCUGUUUUUCCUUCCAGCAGGCUUCAGGGAAGCCUGCUGGGAGGAAUAACGGACUCCCCCCCCCCUGUUUUUUGGCUAGCACCAGCUGAGCUGCACGAUCAUCAAAGGCUUUUUUUUUACUUUUAAAAACAUUUUUUCUUCAGCCAAAAAAAUGCUUUUAAAAGUUAAAAAAAAUCCUCUGAUGAUCAUGUGGCUUAGUGGGGCAUGGCGGGGGGGAGGGAUUUUUGCUACGGGUUCUCCAAACCACCCACUGCCAUCGCUACUGGAUCGAAGGAUCCGGUCCGAACUGGGAGCAUUUCACCCCUGUAUAAAGGUGUGUAUAUCUGGGACAUCUGGAUUCUUUUUGAGCCUUAGAGUGAUUGCCAUUUUCAAUCUGCAUCAUCCUGUGAUCAGACCUCGACAACUCACCAUUCAUAGCUUUUUAACCACAUUACAAAUCAUAAUGCAUUUACUUGUCCAUCACUGUUUAAAACUGUGCAAAAUAAUUUUCAUAUAUUUUUUCUUACAGGAUCCCAAUAUAACAUUGCAUUCAGCAGAAUCCCUUUUACACAACUAAUGUAAUUCUACAGUUGCAAAUAAGCAUUAAAUCUUCCCUUUCAGUAAAACCUGUAGAAUUAAUUUUUCUAAAUGAGAGGGCUGUUAAAAGCAAAUUCAUGUAGAAAAUAUAGUUUCUAAUUCAAACUCUGCAGGAGAUUAUUUAAUAAGUUAAAAUAGUCUUAAUAUAUAACAUCAUGUGGCAUAAAAAGGCUCAUGUUCUAAAAAGUUAAACAAUACUUGAAUAAAUACCUGGAUUUGUUGA